AUGGGGAGAAGAGCAGCUCUCGUGUGCCUGGCCACUGGGCAAGACAGUGAUGACCUGCACAGGUUCGUGGCCUCCAGGGGUGGAGGCCGCAAGGGCAGGCGGCCCUGGCCCGCAGAGGGGCCCCAGGCUCCCACCGCGCAUCCUCAGCCCCCGGCCGCCGCCAGGGGGCGCGCUCCGGCACCAGGCGGUCUGGCAGCGAGGGCCCGGGUGCUCCCAGCUCGGCCUUGGGGCCGCGUCGCGGGAAGGCGGACCAGCCGGUCUGUGGGGAGGCGGGGGACAAGCGGCCUUGGCGGGGACACCGGCCCCUGCCCGGGCGGCCGCGGGGCGAAGGCGGGAGGGGGCGCUGCGGGCCUAGCGGGCACGGCGCGGAGGAAGGGCCGUCUUGCCGCCGCCUCGGCUGCGCCAGGGGCGCAAUGUCGUCCCGGCCGCGGCGCGACGACGCGGGGGCCGCCGGAGCAGGAGCUGCAGCGGCGCCGGGAGCAGAAGCGGCGGCGGCACGACGCACAGCAGCUGCAGCAGCUCCAGCACCUGGAGUCCUUCUAUGAAAAACCUCCUCCUGGGCUUAUCAAGGAAGAUGAGACUAAGCCAGAAGACUGUAUACCAGAUGUGCCAGGCAAUGAACAUGCCAGGGAGUUUCUGGCUCAUGCACCAACUAUAGGCCUUUGGAUGCCACUGGGGAAGGAAGUCAAAGUUAUGCAGUGUUGGCGUUGUAAACGGCACAUGAAGAUCCCAUGUAUGACAUCAUACAAGAGAAUAAAAGACAUGAAAAGGAUGUAAGGAUACAACAGUUAAAACAGUUACUGGAGGAUUCUACCUCAGAUGAAGAUGCGAGCAGCUCCAGUUCCUCAGAAUGCAAAGAGAAACUUAAAAAGAAGAAGAAAGAAAAGCAAAAGAAAAGGAAGAAAGAAAAGAAAAAGAAGAAAAAACGGAAGCAUAAGUCUUGCAAGUCAAAUGAGAGUUCGGACUCAGACUGGUAGGACUUGACUUGUGUGGCAUUCUCAUCUCAGCAAUCAAACACUGUGGCCAAAGAGCAGAGGCAUGGGGGUCGGAGAAGAAAAGGAGGGAUGCGCUGAGGACCUUUGGUGUCGGCCUGUGAGCUCUCACGUCUUCCAGCACAGAUUUGACCCACAGGGGAGGGAGGGAUCCUCCCAGGUGCCGGCUGUGCACAGGGGCUGAUUUCAGGCAGGAGCGCCUUCGUCAGUGUCCUCCUCCCUGCUCAUCUGCAGCUUGUGAUUCCUUUGGAACAGCGCUGCCAAGGGUGGCUGGACAAAGGGAGUCUCUGGGGAGUUCCAGGCGCUGCCACAGCCAUCACCCUCCUGACAGGCGGCUUGACUUCACUCCCAGACUUCAGCUUGGCCUUUUCUCUGUGGUUGAAGGUAAUAAAAGCUCCUUAUUUAAAAAC